ACUUGGACUUGGUUGGAACGUGUUUUUAUUCAAGCUUUACAAUAUUAAACGCAAUUUAAAUUAUAAAUAGUUUGCAAUGGCGAAAAAGCGAAAGAUUAUGUCAAAAUUGAGCGACACACCUAAAUCAGCACCGGUCGAAGUUGUCAUAGAAGACGUAACAAAUCACCCACUGUGUAUGCACGGGCCAACACUAUUAUUUUCUAGCGAAAAAGGUCGAUAUUUCGCAUGUUCGUCGUGCAGGAACAAAAAAGACUGCACAGUAAACAUCAGCGAAGAAGACUGGCUGAAGGAGAACGUCAAGAAACGAAAUGAAAAGUACUACAGCCUGAUUCCAACGAUCAAUAAAAAUCAAGCGUGGAAUAACUUUGCGGAGGUUAGAUCAAGGCCAGUAUCUGACCGGGCCUACUGCAACACAUGCCAAGAACUGUACAUAGUGUCAAGAACAAAAAAACAUGGUAAAGACCACAGGGUCAUCACUCCACUUAUGGAUGAGCAGCUCAAACAACCUUCAUCAUGGUUGCCAUUAUUAGAGAAUGAUGCAGUUGAAGCACAGUACUUGUUCACAAAGAAAUCUGCCGGCACUGUGCUGGGUAUACUCAAAAACAAUAGCAUAAGAAAUAUCUUAUGCAUUGGAACUCCAACUGUUCAUGAGGCAGCACAAGCCCACCCAGACUUUAACUCUAUACUCCUGGACUACGACAAGAGAUACCAUGUGUUCCAGCCCCCUGAUAAAUACAUAUGGUACAACAUGUUCAAUAAUUACAUGUUCAAUGCUAAUGAUGAUGAAAAAGUACUAAAAAAGUUCUUUAAGAAGUCAAGAGAUGGUGGUAUUUGUGUCGUAGUGGACCCUCCUUUUGGAGGCCGUGUGGAACCACUAGCGAAGACACUAAGGGAGCUCACAGAUAUGUACAAUAAAAUAUGUGAGAAAGACGAUACCUUGCUACCUGUUUUAUGGGCAUUUCCAUACUUCUCUGAGCCCUACAUUACAAAUAUGUUACCGGAAAUUAAAAUGCAUGAUUAUCAGGUUGAAUAUGAGAAUCAUAAGAAAUUUCAAAAUAAAACGAAAACUGGACGCAAAUACGGAUCACCAGUCCGUUUCUAUACUAACCUACCUCUUAUCACUAUAGAUUUAUCGAAUGAUAAAAACUACAAGUUCUGUGACAAAUGUAAAUACUGGGUUUCAGUGACAAAUAACCACUGUAAUAAGUGCAAAGAGUGCACGAGUAAGAAUGGAAUGACAUAUAGACAUUGUAAUAUUUGCAAGCGGUGCGUGAAGCCUACGUUCUUCCAUUGUCAGCAGUGUGAACGAUGUUGCCAGGAAAAGGAACAUGUUUGUGGUGUUGAAGUGACAAGUCAGUCUUGCUACAAUUGCAAUGAAAAGGGUCACAAGAAAACCCAGUGCCCACAGCUACAGGAAAAAGUAAAGAAGAGACGAAAGCAAGCAUGAAACAUUUAUUAAAAAAUAAAUCAAUUAUAAAAACUAAAAGUUUGUAUUAUUAUCAAAUAAUUCACAAUCAUGAUCAAAUGAUUAAAAUCAAAUAUAAUGUACCUUAAAAAUAAUUUUGCAUUAUGUUUUCAUUUGUAUAUA